AUGGUGUCAGGUGUGAUAAGUUCAGUGAAGAAAAGUUCAAGAAAAGGGAAUAAUGAAAGCAGACCAGCGAAAUUUGGGCGAGAAAAACAGAAGAUAUCCUCGAGCGGUUCGAGCGAAGUAAUAAAAUGUAGCAAAUGCGGGCGAGACCAUCCAAGCAAGCAAUGUCCAGCAUAUGGCAAAGUCUGUCAUGCAUGCAGAAAACCAAAUCAUUUUGCGAAGUGUUGUCGCUCAAGAAAAGUACAUGGAAUUGAUCAAAUGCAUACAGAUCCGGAUAUUCUAUUUGUUGGAACGGUUGAUAAGAAACCCGAACAGUCGAAUAAAACAGAAUUGACGAAAGACGAGUGUUUUAUAACUCUAGAGGUUAAUGAAACACCGAUCAAGUUUAAGGUUGACACAGGAUCUCAAGCGAACAUAAUUCCCAUGUCGAUGUACCGAGAAUUGAAAGGACCUAAAGAAUCAAUUCAGGCAUCAAGGACCUCAUUGACAAGCUACACUGGAGAUAAGCUUAAUCUUGUUGGCAAAUGCACGUUGAAAUGUAUGAACAGACGGCUGAAUUUUUUCGUGAGCAAAACAGAUCAGUAUCCUAUACUGGGUUUUCAAGCGUCGCAAGAACUCGACAUAAUCAAAGAGUUGUGAUGAGCACUAAUAAAGAGGGAGAUCUUAAGGAGAAAUACUCCGAUGUAUUCAAAGGCUUGGGUUGCCUGAGGGAGCCAUAUCACAUUGAACUGGAUCCGGAGGUAUCACCUGUAAUAAAUGCAGCGAGAAAAGUUCCUGUAGCAAUAAAAGGUCGUUUAAAGCUUGAGUUAGAAGAUAUGGAGAAGCAAGGAGUUAUUCGUAAAGUGGACAGACCGACUGACUGGGUCAACUCAAUUGCAAUAGUGGAGAAACCAGGCACGGGGAGACUACGAAUAUGCCUAGACCCGAAGCAUCUAAAUGAAGCGAUCAGACGGGAACAUUUCCAAUUACCAACGGUAGAAGAAAUAGCGUCUCGGGUAUCGGGUGCGAAAGUGUUCUCCAAACUAGAUGCAAGACAUGGUUAUUGA